AUGAACUUACUCACAUCAAGAUCUACGCCAAUGCAUAUCAAGAUGAGAGUGACUAAUCGUGUUCGUAAAUUUUUCUCGUCAACUCAUUUCAACAUACAAGUUCAACCCAAAGAAGUCAGUGAUGGCUCUGAUCGUCCAGUCUCACCAAUCUCUAUAGCUACAGUCAAAUCACCCCAAGAAGAUGAAGUCCUCCCUUCAAGUUCAGAAGAGCUUUCAACUGAAAUCACGACCUCUGACAAGGAAAUCCUUUCAACUGAGAUCACGACUUCUGACAAGGAAACUCAAGAACCUGAAGUGAUUGGGAGUUUUUCUAAAUUACUUGAACUACAUGGGAAGACAUUACUCGAAGCUCAAUCAUCACCUAUUGAUCUUUAUCCAUCAAAAAGAGCUAACCUACCUAAAUUUUCUGAGCUUGUCUGGUUUAAAACAUUUAACUUCAUUUGA